AUGGUGUCGGCCGAGAUUAAAGACCGAAAGCGGGAGGACUAUCCGUUCAUCCUCGACUACCGUACGCGCUGGAAUGACAAUGACAUGUAUGAUCACAUGAACAAUUCGGUCUACAACUUCCUAUUUGACUCUGCAGUCAAUGCCUAUCUGAUUGAGCAGUGUGGGCUAUUGCCUCCCACAGCGACCGAGACUCCUCUCGCUGUUCACUCACACACGGACUAUCUCGCAUCAAUCGCCUACCCUGCAGUAGCAGAGGUCGGCGUGCGCGUCAACAAGCUUGGCAAAUCGAGCGUCACGUAUGAAGUGGCUCUUUUCGAGCGCGGAGUGGAGGGUGUCAAGGCGGUGGGUGAGUUUGUACACGUCAUGGUUGAGCGCGCAACUGGCCGUCCAACAGCGACGGGCAUGAGCGACAAGCUGCGCAAUGCCUUGGAGAAAAUCCACAAAGACCGACCAAACGGUAGCAAACUAUAA